UCAAUAUUGUCCUUGUCAUCCAUGCCUUUGCAUUCCGGCGAUUCGCGGCCACCGUUUGCAUGCGACCCCGCCAAUGCGGGGACGCGAAACCUGCCAUUCUGCAAGGCGUCUCUGCCAAUACACGUGCGUGUCCAGGACUUAAUCAAACGAUUAACGUUGCAGGAGAAGAUCAGGUUGCUGGUGAACAAUGCUGCACCGGUGGAGAGGCUGGGUGUUAAUGGCUAUGAGUGGUGGUCCGAGGCACUUCACGGCGUCUCCAGCACCGGCCCGGGCGUUAAGUUCGGUGGUGCCUUCCCUGGCGCCACCAGCUUCCCUCAAGUCAUCACUACUGCUGCUUCUUUUAACGCCUCCUUGUGGGAACAAAUUGGCCAGGUGGUCUCUGAUGAAGGAAGAGCAAUGUAUAAUGGAGGAGCAGCAGGACUAACGUUUUGGAGUCCAAAUGUGAACAUAUUAAGAGAUCCCAGGUGGGGAAGGUGUCAGGAAACACCAGGGGAGGAUCCUCAUUUGGUUGCACAAUAUGCCAUCAGCUACGUGAAAGGACUCCAAGGCGGCGGCGGCCGUGGCACUAGCCGACUCAAGGUCGCCGCUUGCUGUAAGCAUUACACUGCCUACGAUCUUGAUGAUUGGAAUGGGGUUGAUCGUUACCACUUCAAUGCUAAGGUAAGCAGGCAGGAUUUAGAGGACACAUACAAUGUGCCAUUCAAGGCAUGUGUGGUUGAAGGGAAUGUAGCGAGUGUUAUGUGCUCUUACAAUCAGAUCAAUGGAAAGCCAUCUUGUGCUGAUCCUACACUCCUCCGUGACACCAUUCGUGCCCAAUGGCGCCUUAAUGGAUACAUCGUAUCAGAUUGUGAUUCUGUUGGAGUUUUAUUCGAGCAACAACACUACACUCGUUUUCCUGAAGAUGCUGCAGCUGCCACUAUCAAAGCUGGCUUGGACUUGGACUGUGGGCCUUUCCUUGCGAUCCACACAGAGAAGGCCGUUCGUACAGGAAAAGUUUCAGAAAUGGAAGUUAACUAUGCUUUAGCAAAUACAAUUACGGUCCAGAUGCGUUUGGGCAUGUUCGAUGGGCCAAAUGGGCCUUAUGCAAAUUUGGGCCCGAGAGAUGUGUGUACUCCGGCCCAUCAACAAUUGGCCCUUCAAGCAGCUCGUGAAGGCAUCGUUCUUCUCAAAAACAUUGGGCGGGCUCUACCAUUGUCCCCACAACGCCACCGGACCGUUGCUGUUAUUGGACCCAAUUCAGAUGCUACUGUUACCAUGAUUGGCAAUUAUGCUGGUGUUCCAUGUGGUUAUAUUUCUCCAUUACAAGGAAUAGCAAGAUAUGCAAGGACAGUUCACCAGCAUGGAUGCAUGGGGGUGGCUUGUCCAGGGAACCAACAAUUUGGAGUAGCGGAAGUGGCAGCGAGGCAUGCCGACGCCACUGUCUUGGUGAUGGGGCUCGAUCAAUCCAUCGAAGCCGAGGCUAGGGACCGAGUUAGCCUUCUUCUGCCAGGAUACCAACAGGAGCUCAUUUCUAGGGUAGCAAUGGCUUCUAGAGGCCCCGUCGUGUUGGUUUUAAUGUCCGGUGGCCCCAUCGAUGUUACAUUCGCCAAAAAUGAUCCUCGUGUUUCGGCUAUACUGUGGGUUGGCUAUCCCGGCCAAGCUGGUGGAGCUGCCAUUGCUGAUGUUCUGUUUGGAGCAGCCAACCCAGGAGGGAAGCUUCCAAUGACAUGGUAUCCACAAGAUUAUGUAGCUAAAGUAGCCAUGACAAACAUGGACAUGAGAGCCGAUCCAGCAAGAGGCUAUCCAGGUAGAACCUACAGAUUCUACAAAGGCCCUGUAGUUUUCCCAUUUGGGGCUGGCUUUAGCUACACAAGAUUCAGCCAGAGCAUAGUCUCCGCCCCAGCCAUUGUUUCAGUGCCAACUCUAAUUCAUUCUCUUGAUGGAAACAGCACGAGGAAGAAAUUAGCAGUGAGAACAACACAUACCAACUGUGACUCCCUCAACUUAAACUUGCACAUUAAUGUGAAAAAUACAGGGGACAUGGACGGGACACACACGCUCCUCAUUUUCUCAACCCCACCUCCAGCAAACGCUACCAAACAACUUGUCGCGUUUGAGAAAGUUCAUGUCCCGGCUGGAGCUCAACAUAGAGUCAACAUCAACAUCAAUGCCUGCAAACACUUGACCGUAGCUGAUCAAUUUGGAAUUCGAAGAAUUUUCAUGGGUGAACACAAAAUCCAUGUCGGUGAGGACAUCAACCAUUCCAUCACAUUCCAUGCUUCUUUGGAACAGAUCAAAGUCUAAUAUUACUUUUAAAGACUAGAUCAUAGUGUUUUCGUUUCUAUUCUUACAAUACUUCUUAUUUCUUUCUCUCGAAAAAGACAACAAUAGCAAAAGCAUUGUUGAUUGUGAAGACGGAAGAGUUAAGAACAAUAAUAGAGAUUUAUGGGGUAUUAAGUGUUUAAGACCGAAAGUUAGAGCAAAUGUAUCAAUUGGGUUAAAAAAAGAAAAAGAAGAUGAACCUUACAUGUCACAUGGAAUUUCAAAGUUAAGUACUAUAUUAAAGGAUUACUGUGACCUA